CCACCAAUACACUGCGCAUAAUGGGUAUCCACCGGAUACCAAUAUCAAGUUUGUUUAACAAACAAGCGUUGUACACUCAUUAGUUUACUUCAGACCACUUCAGACAUUCCUAUACCGAAGUAAUUCUCCACUUUUAUGUUCCAUUUUACAUACAUAUAUAUGUAUGUAUUUCGAAUAUAACCAAAGCAAUUUCAAAACGAUUUUUCAGUUUAUCGAGAACGAAGCUAAAUUGAAGUUUAAAUAGAUAACAAAUUUCGUAGAAGAAUAAAUAAAUACAUAUAAAUAUUUAAAAAAUUCUAUCAAUUUCCAUACAUAAUUGCUAUGGCCCAUAAUACCGUUAUAACAUGGGAAAAGCCGGUGCCGCAUUUGGCAUUAUCCGAUUGGAAUGCACGCGUGAAUCAACUACGUAACGUUGCGGAUGCAAGGCGUGGUGAUGCUUUCGAUAUCCGUCAAUGUUCACGUAACUUGCGCAAUGAAACGCGCAUCGAGGCCGACUGGAUCAAUUAUGAAACUAAUGAGGCAUUAGCGGAACGUAUUGCAGAGUUAGCGCGCUGGCGCGAAACUGUCGCUAGAACACUGGAUCGCAUUGUGAAGGAAGUGAAAAUGCUGGAGGAGGAGAAAGCUUCAACAGAACGAGAACUAGAAGCUAUGCAGACACCCAUUAGUGUUGUUGGUGAAUGCCUUACAAUGCGCGAUUGUCGCUUAGGCUCUGAAUUGACUUAUGACGAUGCAGAUACGGAGAUUAAAAAUGAAUUGGCGGUAAUCGAGAAUAAUCAACGACUUCUUGCCGAUCAAUGUCAGAAGGCUUGGGAAAAACUCAAUCGUUUGGAGGAAGUUAAAUUCAAACUCGGUUUAGAGGUCGAAAAUAAAGCUGAAGCUGAGGUAGUGGACGUAGCGCAGCUGGACUUGAACAAGUUUGCUGCAAAUAUCACCUACAAACCUGAUCCAUUGCGUAAUCCUAAAAAUUGUUCUACCUAUCAAGGAUGGCUGGAGCACACCAAAAAUAUAAAGCAACUUGCUGAAAACGAACUGGCCGAUACAUACGCUAUACGGGAAACCUUAUUUGUCUGUCGUGAGAAGGCACGCAAUAUGCUAUUAUCGCAGCAGGACCGAGCGGAGCAUGCCAUACGCAAGCGUAUCUUUGAGACGCAACGUGCCCGAAACGAGCUUGAAUGGCAGCAAAUGAAAAUGAAAGAAGAAAUGGAGAAGACAGUUUGUGAAAUAAAAACACUGGAGCAGGCUUUGCGAGACAAAGCCGAUGCACUGAAACUUGCUGAAACACGUUUGGAGAAUCGCGCACAACGUUCUGGCAUGGAAUUGUGCUUGGAUGAGGCUCAUGACCAACUUUGUUUAGAAGUACAAAAGCUUCGAGACAUACGACGUCGUUUGAUGGACAGAAUCGACGAGACUAAGGCAAAUUAUAACCUACUGGAGGAACAUGCACAAAAAAUCGAUGUUGAUUUGGAGAACAAACAACAUUCCCUUAUGACUGAUAUUCGCGCUUUAGAUUUGCGCCAACGUUUGAAAGGUGGUGAAUUUAGUCAAAAACAGCAAUCACCGAGCGCUCAGACUGAUCGCAACAUAGUACUAACGAAAAUGGAAAAGGAAAUACCAAAAAAUUAAGUGUUCUUUGCGUUUGCAUAGCUUCUUUUCUCGUAUUGCGAACAAUAUACUAUAAACGUUUGUAUGCAUAUUUUUACUCUAUGUAUGCUUUUGCAAAUUAAAUAAAAAUAUAAAA